GAAGGAUUGACACAAAUGGUCGGGUUGAGGGAGCUGCUGGGAGUUGUUGUCUUCUCCUCCUGUCGCUGCAUAGUCACUUUGCACAUGGGGAGGGGGACAAGGCAGGAGGGAGAGAGGCGACGAUAAGAAGAGGCCGUGAGACUGAGUUUGUUGUUUGUAAGUGCAGCAGCCUGAGCCAGGCUUCAUGCUACACAAACUGAAGUUCGGAGAGAGAAGCCAGCAUGGCACAGCCCGGGCGCUGCUAUAAACUUUACAUGCUGCUACUCCUGGCGACCUUCCUAGCCGUGCAGGCUCAGUACAAUGGGGAGAAAGGCAUCUCCAUACCGGACCACGGCUACUGCCAGCCGAUCUCCAUCCCCCUGUGCACGGAUAUUGCCUACAACCAGACCAUCAUGCCCAACUUACUGGGGCACUCUAACCAGGAUGAUGCGGGGCUGGAGGUCCACCAGUUUUACCCGCUGGUGAAGGUGCAGUGUUCCCCCGAGCUCAAGUUCUUCCUGUGCUCCAUGUACGCUCCGGUGUGCACGGUGCUGGAGCAGGCGCUGCCCCCGUGCAGGUCCUUGUGCGAGCGGGCCAGGCAGGGCUGCGAGGCGCUCAUGAACAAGUUCGGCUUCCAGUGGCCAGAGACGCUUCGCUGCGAGAAAUUCCCGGUGAACGGAGCCGGGGAGCUGUGUGUAGGGCAGAACACUUCGGAUAAAGGGACCCCGACCCCUGCUUUGCCCGAGAUAUGGACCAGUAACCCCAACAGUAAGAGCCACUACAGGGACAAAUUCACCUGCCCACAGGCUCUCAAGGUGCCAUCCUAUGUCAAUUACCACUUCCUAGGGGAGAAGGACUGCGGUGCCCCGUGUGAGGCUGGGAGGGCGCAUGGCCUCAUGUACUUCCCUCCAGAGGAGCUGCGCUUCUCUCGCAUCUGGAUAGGCAUCUGGUCCGUGCUGUGCUGCGCCUCUACCCUCUUCACGGUGCUCACUUACCUGGUGGAUAUGAAGAGGUUCAGCUACCCGGAAAGACCCAUAAUUUUCCUUUCUGGUUGCUACACCAUGGUGGCCAUAGCCUACAUCGCAGGGUUCCUGUUGGAGGACAAAGUAGUGUGCAAUGACAAAUUCACGGAGGGUGGCUACAAAACGGUGGCACAAGGAACCAAGAAAGAGGGUUGCACCUUCCUUUUCAUGAUGUUGUAUUUUUUCAGCAUGGCUAGCUCUAUCUGGUGGGUUAUCCUCUCCCUCACUUGGUUUCUAGCAGCCGGUAUGAAGUGGGGACAUGAAGCCAUAGAAGCCAAUUCUCAAUACUUCCACCUGGCAGCCUGGGCAGUGCCAGCCAUAAAGACAAUAACCAUCUUGGCUGUGGGGCAGGUGGAUGGGGAUAUUCUCAGUGGGGUUUGUUUUGUUGGGAUAAACAAUGUGGAUGCCCUGCGUGGUUUUGUCUUGGCACCUCUUUUUGUCUAUCUCUUUAUUGGCACUUCUUUCCUACUGGCAGGCUUUGUGUCCCUUUUUAGGAUAAGGACUAUUAUGAAGCACGAUGGUACCAAGACUGAAAAACUGGAGAAGUUAAUGGUGAGAAUAGGAAUCUUUAGUGUCCUGUACACUGUUCCAGCCACCAUUGUCAUCGCUUGCUAUUUUUAUGAACAGGCUUUUAGGGAACAGUGGGAGAAGAGUUGGGUUAGCCAAAGUUGCAAGAGCUAUGCCAUACCUUGCCCUAGUACCAGCCACCCUCAUAUGGCUCCAGAUUUUACUGUUUUCAUGAUUAAAUAUCUUAUGACCUUAAUUGUGGGCAUAACCUCAGGAUUUUGGAUCUGGUCUGGCAAAACUCUCAAUUCUUGGAGAAAGUUUUAUACAAGACUCACUAACAGUAAACAGGGAGAAACUACAGUGUGAGUCUCAGGACUCAAUGGGAAUUUGUACAGACUUUGCAGAAACUGUAAUGCUUUGUUGUAUAUAACAACUGUAACAUUUUGUAAGUAUAUUUUGUAUUUAAAUGACAAAAGAAGAUCAUGCUUUUUUAUGGUAGGUUACGAUAAAUAGUUUGAAUCUAGAAAAUCUUUUAAUUCAGAAAUUAUUCUGCUUGUUUUUUUAUCAUUUUUUUUGAGGGGGGAAUUUAAAAAACAAAGUAUUUUAUAGCACUUACAAUUGGCUUAUUAAAAUACCUCGCUAUGCCUCAAACUUCCUUUUCCCACCAGCACAGAUACCCUGAAGUUGCAGCACAAUUGCUGAUAUCAAUAAUUUCCAGAGGACUAGUGAGGUCAUUAUUUACUUGGAAUUAAGAUAGGAUUGCCUUCUGAUUUUUCUUUUUCUUUGUAAUGUGGGCUGCAUGAGGAGUUUGCACCCUAUUUAGCACUUCUUUAUUAUACUUUUGUCUAUCGAAGCACACAGUGGGUUUGCUAACCAUGUAUUGACUCAUUCAUUUAAUCUUGAAUGUACAGAUUUAGUUGCACAGUUCUUCCAGAAAAAAAAAUGUUUGUUCCAACAUGCCCAAAGUAUAGGACACACUGCUAAAAGAAUGUUUUUUUUUUGUUUUUUAUAGUUUUGUUUUUCCCCCUACAUUCAGCAUAGGUUUGUUUUUGAGUGGCUAGACUUACUGGAAUGAAUCGCACAUUUGCUUUUCUGUUAAAUUUGCUGUGAUAGCUUACAGAAUUCUUCCAAGAGUCCUGGUUCCAGACCCCUAAAUAAAUCAAUUUGACAAUAUGCUGCAGGGCAAGGACAGGUCUUUUUAACUAUUUAACUGUCACACUUGACAGAAAGAGGUUAAUAAUGAGUCAAGCUUUUCAGUUCAUCCAUAUACUUAUUUAGUGUCACAUAAAGAGAUGCAGACAAUGACUGAUUUGCUUUAAUAAUAAUAAAAAAAUCUGAACCAUUUAGUCCAUCUUUUCAUAUAAUGUAGAAUCCAAGAGGAAGAGACGUUUGAAUUUCCCUCUCACAUCUUGUACACACUAAGCACAUAAAUCAAGCAAAUGUCCCUGAAGUUAGCUUUAAAUGGGGUUUGAUGCAAGUAGAACCCUUGCUCUGGUAAUAUUCUUUAAAUGGCUCAAUAUUGUUUUGAAUGAAACCUGGCCUACAACAAUCUAUUUUUUUAAAAAAAAUAACAGCUAAGUAAAGUUUAUUGCACCAUAAUAUCGUCGUCUUCAGAUUUCAAUACCUAUUUUUUUUAUUAAGUUCAUUAUUGGCAUAACAUUGUUUUGUUUUAUCCAAAUAAGUAUGCAUUUAUCUGCUGGUUUUCACAAGAUCUUUCAUAUUUAUAGAGAAAUAGUUUUAUAUAAUUUUAUAUAUACAAUUCUAUAUAUAUAUAUCAUUUUAAUUCCUUUGCAAUAAAUACAAAAUCAAGGCCUAAUUCAAGGUACUUUUUUCUUUCUUUUUUUUCCUACUCCCACACCUUCCACCCUCAAGCAUCAGUUAUUCAUUUGUUGUAGAUACAAUAAAAGACACAGUCCUGUAGCAAAUAUUACUUCAUGAUUCAUGUGACUUUUACCUCUUUUUUUUUAAAGUUAAAUAUCUUUAAAGAAUGUCAUGAUUGUAUAUGUUUUCUUUCUAGGUAUUUACAUUUUUAGAAAAAAAUAUUUUAUUCCCCUCUAAUGGUUUUGUGACCUGAGUAUUUACAUCAGGAAGGUGAUUGCUUACCAGAGAGAGAAAAAAACAGAACUAGUGUACCCUGAUUCCAGUUCUUGUUUUGAAAAGCAUGUACAGAAAUCUUAUCUUUGUCACGAGUACUUGUUUAUACUCUACAAAUUUAUAUUUUAAUAUAUAAAUAUAUAUGAUAAAUUGCAGUUUAUCAUCCAUUUCUAAUAAAUAUUCUUUAUUCUUUAA